AUGCUGCUGCCAGUCGAAAUCCUGACACUCAUCGUGGCCCACACUGAUGCAGACGACCGCCACGCGCUGCGAGCCGCGAGCCGCGACCUGCGCAGCGCCGUCGACGCGGGCUGCAAAGCACUCACACUAACCAGGCCGCGCACCUGCACUCCGGCUGUGGCGGUCCCCGCGCUGCACCGCGCCGCGGCGUGCUGCCACCGCUGGGGGGGCGUCCGUGCGCUAACGCUCAAAGACCUGGGCGCCGAGUGCAUUCGGCCUGCGCUGGCGCUGCUGAACAGCGCAGCCAGGCACUGCCCAGAGCUGUCCUCCAUCACACUCACGCGCCUGGACCGUGAGCUGUCCCUGGCCCUCACCUCCUGCCUGUCUAGCUGCCGCCUGGCGAGCCUGACAUCGCUGGCACUGGCUGCCCCCAAGCACGGGCAACCGCUGCUGCUCACGCCGCUCGGCGAGCUCUCCAGCCUCACUGCCCUGACCGUCGUCGGCCGCUCCUCCGGUGCAAGCGCUGCUUGGCUCCCGCCCAGCCUGCGGCGCCUGCGGCUGGGCGCGCAUGGCAUGAACGACUCGGGGAUCGGCGGCACGUCUUGGCUCGACGCCAUUGGCGCGUGCUGCAGUCUGGAGGUGCUCGAGCUGUCCUGGCUUGACCCCUUUGACUUGGGGGAAAAGCCGGACGACCCUGACGAGGAGCUCGACUUCUCUGAAUUCUAUGCCAGCGUUGGCCAGCUCACCAACCUGCGGGAGCUGAGCGGCGCGUUCAGUGGUAUCACCUUUGACAACGACGACGACGACGAGGACGGUGCAGAUGGUUACCGCAUCGACUGCCUCGAGCCCGACCUUCUCCUGCCGUCCCUGACCGCGCUGCGGCGACUCGCGCUAUACAUUGGAUGCGACGGCCGCUGGGAUGAGCUUAAGCCAGCGGUCAAGGGGCCCCUGAGCAGCCUGGCCGCGCAGUGCGCGACCCUGGAGGAGCUCGCUUUCGACGUGGAGCCCGAGGACGACGUUGACGCCGCGCUCGUGCCAUGCUUCCCGCGCCUGGACGCCCUCAACGUCACCUUCACGCAGCACGAGAGCUACCCCCCAUUGCUCCGACAAACGUUUCCUGCAGUGAGCCGGCUGAUAGUGGGCGGCAUGGCCAGCCCUGACGGCGCCAUCAUGGAUUUUGAUGCAGUCGCAUCCCUGCCUUGCUGCACGAGCCUCUCCAUCUUGGUGGCACCGGAUGGCGGCGAGUUGAGUUUCUUCGGCCGCAUGGGCGCCCUGUCUGGGUGUAGCACCCUCACCCACGUGCGCCUGUGCAGCCUGCCCCAGGCUCCGCUCGAGCAGUGCCUCGAGCUUGCAAUCGCGCCGCAAAUCCGCGUGCUUGAGGUGCACGACUGCACAUUUGACAAGGAGUUGUCGCUGGACGCGCUGGCCACGUCGGUGCGCGCUGUCGCACGGCGCCGCGAGGGCUUUGAUGUGGUGGUGCAGCAGGAGCAGAUCUAUCCUGCACCCGGCCUGCUGUCGCUCGAAAUGUUGCACAACUGA